CCCAGUCCCAAACUCCCGAUCCGUCGGCCGCCGCUCCCCAUUUCAAAUUGGAAACCCCCGUGUCAUCAUCCCCUCCGGCCUCCUCCAACUCCUCCUCGACGACUCGACGGCGACGCGCCGCCGCCUUCCUCACCUCGCCUCCGUCCCUCGACCGCCACUCUCGCGCACGAUGGCGGCGCGUCAGGAGUGGAGCAUGUCCGACUUCGAGAUCGGCAGGUACAUCGGCGAGGGCAAGUUCGGCAAGGUCUAUCUCGCCCGCGAGAAGAAGAGCGGGUACGUGGUGGCGCUCAAGGUGACGUACAAGGCGAAGCUGGAGAAGUAUCGGUUCCACGCCCACCUGCGGCGGGAGAUUGAGAUCCAGAGAGGACUCGACCACCCCAACGUGCUCCGCCUCUUCGCCUGGUUCCACGACGAAGAGCGCGUCGUCCUCGUCCUCGAAUACGCGGCCCGGGGUGAGCUGUACAAGGUCCUUCGCGCCGCUGGCCGCUUCACCGAGCGCACCGCCGCCACCUACGUCGCGAGCCUUGCUGGUGCACUGGCGUACUGUCACAAGAAGCAGGUCAUUCAUAGGGACAUCAAACCAGAGAAUUUGCUACUUGAUAUCGAGGGCCGGCUUAAAAUUGCAGAUUUUGGAUGGGCAGCUCGGUCAAAUGCUAAACGACACACACUCUGUGGCACAAUUGAUUAUCUGGCACCAGAGAUGAUAGAGAAAAAAGCUCACGAUCAUGCCGUUGACAACUGGACUUUAGGAAUCCUGUGCUAUGAGUUCUUAUAUGGCUCACCCCCUUUCGAAGCUGAUGAACAGGAUGAUACCUUGAGAAGGAUAGUCAGAGUGGAUUUGACAUUCCCUUCAACUCCUUCCGUAUCUUCAGAAGCUAAAGAUCUCAUUUCCAAGCUUCUAGUGAAGGAUUCAAGCAAGAGGCUUUCUCUUGAAGACAUAAUGAAGCAUCCAUGGAUCAAAAAGAAUGCAGAACCUUCAGGGAGUUGCAUUAAGCAAAAAGACCUAGGAAGAGUUAAGCCUGCACUCAUCUGAAAAUCAGCCUGUUUGGCGAAAGACUUGUUUGCCAGUGGCCAAGAAACUUCAGAUGUAAGUCAACUGAUUUGGUGUGCUGAACUCGUCGCUUCUGGAGGUGAAGACUCAAAUAUGAGGGCACUGUGGAUGUUUGUAGUUCUGGUAGUUCUGUGGAGUGGCUGUGUGCCUACAGGCUGGAGGAGUCUGUACUCUGCUGUCGAUUGAGAUUUGAUGCUGCGCAUGUGUGCUCCCCUUUUGAAUUGAGCUGUGAGACCUUUGUAAAUUGGAACAUUGAUCGAGUGGUUAGUGCAGAAGAAUGUGGUGGCCUUAUUUGCCCUUGUCGAA